AUGCGGACAGGAUCGUUUGUACAUGGAUUUGUAUUUGCUCGACAAAAUUUGAUUUCGGAAGUGAGGAACUCUUUCCGCCUCGCAAAUAUUGCUCUCAAGCAAAUACCAAGCUAUGAUCCCGGUCAUUUUCUGGGUGUACAACAGAGUGAAGACAUGGUACAACCAACGGCUAUUGAAGAAGACAAUCGGCACACCAUCCAAGGCUGCAAAACAAAGCUAAUGGAUCAUCAAAUGAAAGCAAUCAAAUUUAUCCAACGAAGCGAAUCCACUCUCGUCUCAACACCACUAGAGAUCUGGAAUGAUCCAGAUAAUCAAUGGGUCCAUAUAGUCUUUGAAGAUGCUGUUCAGAAAGGGUAUCUCAAAAGAGAUGUCAAAUUUGAUGCGAAAGGAUGUAUUCUUGCGGACGAUAUGGGUCUAGGAAAGACCUUGACGACUUUAUCAGCCAUCCAACUAUCAAGUGAAGAAGCCUUACAAUUCUCCCGUCAAGAACCAAAUGUACCAUAUUUGAAGCCCACCUCAGCCACAUUGAUAAUCUGCCCACUUUCAACCCUGGAGAACUGGAAGAACGAAAUUAAUAUACAUUUCAUAAGAGAUAGCCUUCCUUUCAAAACAUUUUACGGUAGAGAUAAAUGUACGAUCGAAUUCAAAGAUAUUGCCCAAGUUGCAGUUGUGCUGGCAACAUACGAGUCAGUAGUGACACAAAUCAAAAGUAGUCAACAGGAAGGAAGUCGAAACGCUACUGAAGGCAGAACAAUGGGUUUAGAUUUUUCAAGUAUCAAAUGGUUUAGAAUUGUUCUUGAUGAAGCACAUUACCUGAAGGAUCCAAGGACAAAUAGGAGCAGCGUAAUUCUUGGAUUGGAAGCAGAACGACGAUUAUGCCUUACUGGGACUCCUUUGCAAAAUCAACUGGGAGAUCUCCACAGCUUAAUAAAGUUUAUCAGAAUUGAACCAUGGACAGAAAAUUCAAUCUGGAAGAAUUGUAUCGAAUCCCCCGUCGAGAUGUGUGAUCCCCGUGGAAUUUCAACAUUACAAACAAUUAUGAACAGAAUUAGUAUGAGGCGAUUGAAAACCACUAUCUUAUCUCUCCCUGAGAAAAUUGAAACCAUUAUCAACCUUGCGCUCAAAACUCCGUGGAAUGAAACAUACGAAAGAAACCACAAAGCAUUUUCAGAUCAAUUUGGGAAGAAUCGGACAGGAGGACAAGGUUGGAACUCAAGCAGUUUCUUUGCCGAUCUUGUGGAUUUAAGACAGCUGUGUAAUCAUCCAGCAUUGACUGAAAAAGGAAUUGGCACGAAAAAAUACUCCUGGAAUGAAAGCUCAAAAAUUGUCCAUUUGGUGCAAGAUCUGAAGUUGUUCCUGGCAAGCGGUGCUCAAUUCCGUGCGGUUAUUUUUUCGGAGUUCAAAAGGUUUCUGGAAAUAAGCAUUAAUGUUGUCUCAGAAUUGAAGUCGCUCUGA